AUGGACAAAUAUGAAUUUGGGAGAUAUCAACGCUUCGGUAACAGAAGGUGUGGAUGGGGAAGAUCGAGGGUUGCCUUUGGAUCACGUCCUGCUUGGAGUGAAGGACAUCAGCCACAGAAGCAGCAGCGGCAGCAACAACAACAACAGCAACAGCAACAAAAUCAACCUCGAGAGGAGGUGGUUCAUGUUGAAGAACAAGAGAGUGGCUCAGGUGGUCACUACAUAUUUCCACCGAGUGCCAAGACACUGCCGCAGCCACCGCCUGAAUGGCUGAUGGAAAGAGAGUCUGACAAGAAUCCCCUUGUUGAUGAUUCUUGGAAAAUAUUUAAAAUUCACCUGAAAUAA